GAGGUGUCAGAAUACAAAUGCAGAAAAGGAACGAUGUCAAGCUGGAAAAAAACAUUCAUACAUUUAAAAUAAUGUAAAUUGUGUAUUGUAGUACUUGUGUUUUCUGCUUUUGUGAUAAGCGAUGGAGGGGGACCACGAUGAAAUCAGGGAGCACCUGAAGAUGCAGUUCCAAGCUCUGCAGGAGCAGCAAGAGAGACGACUCCAGCAAAGACUUGAACAAAAGAAGAGAGACGUGGACAAUGUGCCUACUAGGUCUUCCUCACAGACUUUGCCUGGCCUGGAGGAAUUACAACUGACAGGACCAGACACAGAUAAUAAUAUUGAUAUAAGAAACACACCAUUGUAUAGAGUGUUGCAGAAUGAAAAUGAGAUGUUGCACGACCAACUGAGGGAGCUCAAAGAUGAAAACGGAAGAGUCCACAAAUUGCUACUCCAGCAAGACUUUGAAAUACAGUUCCUGAAAAAGAAAAGAGAGGAAGAGCGAUUGGCACUAGCAGGUACAGCAGGCGUGGCAGGAGAUGCUGCUGCUACAAAGAUUGUAGAGCUGUCAAAAAAGAACAGAGCGCUCACCGUUGAAAUCGAGAAAGAGAAGGCCAAAACAAAGCAAUUUACCAACCGAGUAACAGAGCUGGAGAAAGAGUUACACAAUGCCUCCCUGAUUUUGCCUCAGACUGAUGCAGAUAAGAGUAAAAAGACAAGAGCUACAGAGGAAAACCAUGGGGCAAACCCAGUGGUGAAGUCCCUUCAGGACAAGCUGUCAGCCGCCCAAUUCAAAAUGACUGAAUAUCGCAACCAGAUCCAAGCUGUCAAACAAGAGCUGAAAGUGGCCCACAAGGUUCUAAGCAGUGAGGUGGGGGAAGAUGUCAACAUUCAGCAGUUGCUAAGCAGUCCAAGUAGCUGGAGAGGACGUGCUCAACAGAUACUGGCCUUGCAAAACAGAGUGCGAGACCUGGAGCAGCAGCUGGGCCAGAGGAAGCAGCCGGGAGUCCUGACCCUGGAGGAGGAGAUGCUGGGACUCAGGGGCCAGCAGGGGGCAGUGGAGAGGAACCUCAGCCACAUUCGCUCUAUGGAGAAGGAGAGGAAGGAGGCUUUAGAGAAGAUAACGGAGGAGUAUGAGGCCCUCCUCAAAGACCAGGAGGAGGUGAAGAAGAAGCUGGAGGCCUCCAAGGCCAGGAACCGUGUUCUGAGCAUGGAGGUGAAGACGCUGAAAACCCAGAUCACCACCCUGGUGGAGAAAGGCAAACACGACGAUGAGCUGGUGGAUGCCCUACUGAAGCAGCAGGCCCAGCUGCAGGGGGUGCUGAGCCGCCUGAGCCAGCAGGACGAGCAGCACACGGAGGCGCAGCAGAGCCUGGGCAAGCAGCUGAGUAGCGAGGCCCAGCGCCACGGCUCUCUGGUGCAGCAGCUGCAGCGCAUGGUGGCCGACAGGGAGGCCAAAGUCAAGGAGCUGGAGGAGGAGAUUCGCCUCCUGGCCCUCAAGAAAAGAGAGGAUGCUGAGACAAAGGCCACCGUUUCAUCAAGAGCGGAGAGUGUUCGCAGAUCAAGCAGCGCAGUCUCUUCUCUUGGACACAAGUUGGUUGAAAGUGCUGCCAGUCUACCAGCAGGGGGCAGUGCUGAAGCAAGCCAUAAUUGUCCGGGCUGCUCUGCCAGAAUAAAGUCCCUGCUGGCCCAGUGUGCUGAAUACAAGGCGCUGAGCCAGGCGGCUGGUGUGGAGAGGGACAGGCUUCUGGAGCUGGCCAAGGUGCAGCACGGCAGGGAGGAGGACGUGCAGCAGAGGUGUGCGGAGGCGGAGCAGAGGCUGCGAGAGGAGCGGCGGCGGGCCGUGGUGCUGGAGCAGAAGCUGGAGAAGAGCAGGCUGGAGCUGGGCAGGACGGCCGCCGCGGGCCCCCACAGAACACCCAGCAAGGGCAGGGGUGGUGGUGGUCUGUCCUCGAGCACCGUGGGCCUACCGGACAGACAAGACGACCACUCCCCCAAAGGGACAAACCCAAGCCAGGAGGAGGGCCAUGUCAACGAACUCACCAUCCAGCUAGCCGGCCAGCUGGAGGAGAUGGAGGCGCUGCGGGCCACUCUGAGGACCACCCGGCAGGCCAAAGAGGAGGACCUGCAGCUCUACAAUGACAUGAUGAGCCAAGUCAAGCAGGUGUUCCUGCAGGCCCUGCGACAGCACAAACAAGACACAGCCAGCCUGGAGGGCUAGCGGGGGAUGCCGCGGCCGACCGUCCCCGUCCGAUUCGUCCCGCAGAGGGGAGCCUGUGAAGAGGCAGAGCAUAGCUUCGCUGCAGAAACAGCGGCAGUGUGGAUCCAUGGUAUCUCUUUUCACGCCUGAUUACACACGCUUUAUAAACAUAAUCAGUGCCUUUCUCAGUACCUGGGUAGAGAGCAGGAUUUCAAACAGUAUGUACUCUUAAAGACAACAGAGGAGAAAUGCCACAAAGGGAAAUGUCACUGAGAUAGUGUGAAGGAAGCGUCACGCUUUUAUGUCAGAUGCUUGUUUCAUGGUUGUCAGAGCGGGAGGCUGUGAAGUUCAGAUGGAAUUUGGGGAGAAAUUACACAUUGUGAUACUUUGAAAAUGUCGAUGUCCGUUGCAGAGGCCUUAGGGAAAAAUGGUGUUUUCAGGGAAACAGUAGCUAGUUGUAGAAUUUGCUAGACCAUAAAACAUUAAAAUAGGCCAGCAGUUUAAAUUAAAUAUGCUUCAAUAUUACCCAGACUGUUGUGAAUUAUUGAAAUUAUAUUCUAAGUCAUGCAAACAAAUAAAUGUUUUUGCUGUAAACACAAGCUCUAAAAUGGACACAAUCGACUAGUGAGCCCCAUUUCGUCCAGUCCAAAGAUAAAUAUUGGCGCAGUCUGCUAUGUAAAAACAAGAGAGAGCAACAUUCCCCACGUUACCACGUUUAAAAACAGAGGAACCACACAGACAAGCGUGUGCACACAUUUAACCAAACCUUCUCUCGAGUGAGGGAAAUGAAAUCAUCACUGACAUGACUUGUGAUCCAGUUGUAAAAGUGUCUGUCGACAUGAAAUGCCUUGGAACUACACCGUUCUUUACUUAGUCCACAUAUAUAUCGGCCGCUCCCCUGGCCUUUGACAAAUGCACACCCUACAUGUGCUGAGCCACCCCGGCCGUCUGGAGGCUGCUCCCUAGAGCUGCCUCACUGGAUCGCCUUCCUCUAGCAUACUCGCGUACACAAGAAAAUGUUCUUCCGACUUGGCAAAAAAGGGACUUCAGCAGCCACCACACACUGCCCUGCCUUCCCGCGCUGUUCCACUACGCUUAAUUUAAGCCUGUGGCUGAGGUACUGUGUAGAGCCUGAAAUACAGCAGUAUUUUCUCCUUCCCAGAACCCUAAGGGACACUGGCAAGCACCCUAGGCUCCAGCGAGUGAAAAGUACCACGAGACAAAAAUGUCACAGAGGUGUCGUGGAUAUCAUGGAAAAUAGGACUUUUUGCACCAGGAACUCAAAAAGCAGCUUGUGUUUAACAUGUCAAGGAUUGGUGACGAUGGGGAAUGCAUCGGUGGAGAGCAUGAGGUGACGUUUGACGAGUCGGAGGUGAUGGGGCGCAGGAGUGGGGGCUGGGGCUUGGGAUCUUACCCAACAGCCUUUUGGCACACACACGGUAAAUCCGUUCAAGAGGAGUCCACUUUCCCUUUGCGGUUGAAUGAGCAAAUAGCCGUCACGCUAAAUAAAUGUUUUUGAAUCCA